AUGAAAUCAAUAUAUUUAUUGGCAAAAUUUGAUUCGAUCAUAAAAUCAUCAAGAUCAUUUGAGGGUAAUUUAAGAAGAAGAAGUGUAGUUCAGCAUGCUACAAAUAGAGGUAAAGGAACGCAGUUAUUGGGUAAACCAAAAAAUAUUUCUAUAUCCCAACACAUCCCAACCCCGAAUCCUUCACCAACAAACAUUAAUAAUUUUGAAACAACUACUACUACUACAGCAGCAGCUAAUAAUAGUGCUGCUGGUUCAAAUGAUACAACAACAGCAAUAACUUCAUCUUCUUCUUCAUUUGCAGAACUUUUAUUCCCACCUAAUGAUCCCAAUGAAACAAUUUCUGUGUUUCAAAAACGUUUGGUUAAAGCUGUUGGUAUGUUGGAGGAUAAAGAACGUCAGAUCGACAUGUUGAAAGAUUUGAUUAGACAGCGUGACGAAGAGAUGAGAAGUCGUAUUGUUAAAGGAAUGAAAAAUGAUAUUAUGGAUUUAUUUCAAAAAUGGGAGCAAUAA